CCAAAAAUAUAUCCAAUAAUUUUUCCAUGUAUAGAACACAAACAAGAAAAUUAUUUUUGCAUAAGGCUUGAGGUAGGAUACGUAAUUCUUUCCUUUUGAGCCGAUGCUUGAGCUAGUCUUUUGCCCCCUUACUUAUAUCAUCCUAAUAAUACUUACGUCAGCCGAGCACUUUUUUCACUUGAUCACUUAAAACAGUGAAACUUGUCUUAAAAAGUGAAUUACAUCAUUGUAAACAAAAGCAACGAAAGCUUUUUUUCAUUAAAAUCAAUAAAAAAAGUGAAAGGUCACUUCGCAAAAUUUAAACUUUCGUUUCCUUUAAACAUCUAUAAAAUUAAUUGUUUGGUGACACUGAAGUGGAGCUGGGAAAAUGAAAAAAUAUUAUUUAAUAUUUUUCCAUAUCAUUUUUUUAGUAUUUCAAGACAAACACUCAGAUGCCGAUAUUUUCAUUUCACAACGAAAUGGAAGAGAUGGUGCGUCGUGUGGAACUAUCUUCCUACCUUGUUUAUCCCUACAAUAUGCAUUAGCCUACAGAGUAAAACCAAAAGAACAUAUUCGGUUGGAUGGGGGAGAAAAGAAACCAUAUGUGUAUGUUGUAAACAAACCAAUUCAUAUCACAAAUGAAAUUUUCAUCUCAAGUUACCAAAACGACUACAUUCGUCCUAUUAUAUUGAUGGUAAAUAAAAAAACGUAUUUAUUCGAAUCCCGUGGUGAAAAAGGAAUAAAAAUUGAUGUUAGAAAUAUCGACUUUCGAAAUAUAUCUCUCCUAAUAUUAAAUAACGCAUGCAAUGUGAAGAUUGUUAAUUGCAGUUUCAGAGACGCUCCAACUGCUGUGUUGUUUCGAAAAAUACCCAAACAAAGUAACUGGUUAGAAACAGUUACAAUUUAUAUAUUGAACAGUAAUUUUUUUAAUUCCACAGCCACAGAGAUAUGUUGCAUAAGAAAUAUUGAAGUAGUCUUGGAGAAUUGUGUUUUUCAAGGUGAUAAAAGGUAUACACUAAACAUUGAAAGAAUUUCACAGCAUGGUGUGGUGAAUGUUACAAAUUGUUACAUAGACGCUCAACGAGGACCUAAUUUGCACUUCGGAAGAAAAUGUAUUUCAUCGGUUAAUGUCCUCAAUACGUCGUUUAUCAACAAUUAUUUUGAUGCUGCAUUGUGUGGAUUAUGUUUAGACUUAUGUUUAAACCUAGUUAUCGAGAAAUCAACUUUUUUAGGACAUAAACCAGCUGUUGACAUAAGCAGAGUUAAAAACGCUGAAAUUACACAUUGCAAUUUCACAAAAAAUCAUAGGGGUGCAAUACGAAGUUCAAGCAGCACCUUUGUUGCAAACAAAUGUAAUUUCUCUUAUAACACUGGCUUGGCAGGGGGGGCUAUAUUUAGCAGCAAUAGUGUAGCAAAAAUAAACCAUUCUAUAUUUUAUCACAACUCUGCAUUAUAUUCUGGUGGAACCGUACAUGCUGUGUCGAGUGGAUCAUUUCCUCCAACUUUUCUGUUUGUACAAAAUUCUGAGAUGUAUGCCACACCUACAUAUGGCUUUACUGCCGGUAUAAUAAUACGUUCUGACAUAGAGUUAUACCUUACAAACGUAUUAUUAUCAAUAUUAAAAUCGUCGAUAGAGUUACCACUACUUGAAAUUUUGAAUUUGGAAAGGUCAGAUACAUAUUUUCGGCAAAAAUGGGUGAGUAAUGCUAAUAUGUCCUGUCCAAGAAAUUAUAAAGUCGUUCUUCCAUCCCAAUAUCCAUAUAUUUCAGCUCGAUGUCGGCGUUGCCCAAAAGGAAUGUACAGCAUAGCUAAAGACACUUUGCAAAUUCUAAAGACAAUUGGAAAAAAGCCAUUCAUUGUUGUAAAAAAAUCAAACUUCAGCUGCAUUGCAUGUCCUUCCAUCCCAAUAUCCAUAUAUUUCAGCUCGAUGUCGGCGUUGCCCAAAAGGAAUGUACAGCAUAGCUAAAGACACUUUGCAAAUUCUAAAGACAAUUGGAAAAAAGCCAUUCAUUGUUGUAAAAAAAUCAAACUUCAGCUGCAUUGCAUGUCCUUCUGGGGGUAGAUGUGAAUACAAUAUUCAAAGUAGAGGGAAUUUCUGGGGC